ACUCCAACCCUGGAAAUUGCGCUGCUGCUCGUCCUGCACGUUUUCUGGAAUAAGGACUUAAAAGUCUUUGCAUAUUGCGACCCCCCCUCUCCCGUCUCUCUUUCUGCUUUUCCUAAGGAAACACUUGCACGCAGUAUGUGGAAUAACGCAGGUGAGGAAAGAAGAAAAACACUAUUUGAUGAAGAUUUUUGUUGUGAAAAAUCCGCCGAAGUCCGCGUGGGAUCUUUCAUAUUAUCCCCGCACGUUUUGAUUUUUUAAAAAGUCCAACCUUGGUCACUGAGGAGGAAAGAGACAGUCAAAAUGAAUUUCAACAGCUCCAGCCUGGAGGACGGGAUGGAGGCAGAAAACAUCUCCUCUAAUUCCACUUCUCAGAGCCAGUACAGCCAGCUGGCCAUCUGGGGUCUGGCUGGACUUGUCAGCUUCCUCAUUUUGUUUACAAUAGUCGGGAACGUCUUGGUUGUCAUCGCUGUGUUAACGAGCAGAGCACUGAAACCACCCCAGAACCUUUUCCUGGUCUCCCUGGCCAGUGCGGACAUACUGGUGGCCACCCUCGUCAUGCCCUUCUCUCUGGCAAAUGAACUCAUGGGCUAUUGGUUUUUUGGUAAAGUCUGGUGUGACAUCUAUCUGGCUCUGGACGUUUUAUUCUGCACCUCUUCCAUUGUUCACCUGUGCGCCAUUAGUCUGGACAGGUACUGGUCGGUGACACAGGCUGUAGAGUACAACUUAAAGAGGACACCUAAAAGAGUUAAAGGGAUGAUUGUGGUGGUUUGGUUGAUCUCGGCUGUCAUCUCCUUCCCACCGCUCAUAUCGAUGGACAGGAGCAGCAAUGAGGCCAGUCCCCAGUGUAUCCUGAACGACGAGACCUGGUACAUCCUCUACUCCAGCAUUGGAUCAUUCUUUGCCCCAUGCGUUAUCAUGAUCCUGGUAUAUAUCCGCAUCUACCAGGUGGCAAAGACCAGGACCAGAACAAUGUCAGGGAAGAAGAGGGAUGUGGACUCUCCGCGGGAGAAUGGGAUGGACAAGGCUGAGCCAGGUGGGUCAAUCAAGUCCAACAGGGGCGGGAGCAUGAAGGACCAGGAACGUGAGAAUGGGCACUGCCAGGAGCAGGCAGCUCAGUCCCCCCUACCCAACGAGCCGAAACACGCGUCGACAGACCAUGACGAGGACUUUGAGGACAGCAGCUCAUCGGAUGAGAAGCCUAAAAAAAAUUCCACCUCCUCCAAACAUCACCACGAUGACAGGAAAGACAGGAAGUCCAGCCGGAAGAGCAGCUCCGCCUCUAAAUACUCCAGCAGAAAGUCACGUGCCAGUUCCAAGUCCAUGGAGCUGUUUUCAUCUCGCCGCAAACGCAGGAGCACCGUCAACCGGAAGAAGAUCUCUGCCGCUAGGGAGAAACGCUUCACCUUUGUCCUUGCUGUGGUCAUGGGCGUAUUCGUCGUGUGCUGGUUCCCCUUUUUCUUUUCCUACAGCCUGUACGGCAUCUGCCGGGAGCCGUGCCAGAUCCCAGAGACCCUGUUCAAGUUCUUUUUCUGGAUUGGCUACUGUAACAGCUCCCUAAACCCAGUCAUCUACACCAUCUUCAACCAGGACUUCCGCAGAGCCUUCCAGAAGAUCCUCUGUAAGUCUUGGAAACGCUCUUUCUGAGGGAGGGGGGACUUCCUGCAUGGCUGGGUUUCUAAUAGACAUCUUCUCCCUGCAGACGUACAUUUGAACUGUUCUGAGCUGUGUGAUUAAGUGCUGGCCCGGGGUGCUUCCACACCUUUACUUUCAGGGAUUGCACUUGAAAUGAAGGGAUGCUUCACAGAUCAAAGUGUUGAAGGGACAGAAAUGGUGUUUAAAGUACAAGGGUAAGCGCUGUGAUCAUUUUCACAGAGGAGGCUUUCAUCAAACACCAUUCAGGCUGCUCUCGGACUCUGAUGUGGGCUUCGCCUCAUUCACCCUCCUCACUGACUAUCUCUCCCGUUGUUAAAUUACAAUGCACUAACUCACAACAGUCGAAUGUGAUGCAUGCACACCACAGUGGGCUGAACUGGAGGAACUGCACAGGAGGAGAAUGGUUUACAGAGACUCUUACCUUAUAAUGUGACCUCAUUCACUGAUUCUAAUGCGAAGGCCUUGACAAUCUCCUCACAAUCAUUGUUUGUGAGGUGAGAUAGUGGGAUCACUCUUCUCUCUCUGUCUCCUACUCAGUUUUUCUCUACCUUUCUAUUAUUUCUCAACACGAGGACCAAUGGGACGAAGGGGCUUCUUGCUUACUGUUUCAGUAGCAAAACCGUGUCACAAAAAAAAAAGAGACUUAUCCUCAAAAACUCCAAGUAAUAUUUCUGCUACAUUGUUUUGUGUGAGGCUCAAUGUCUAAUGUGUAAACUGUGAGGAGAACUACAGGACGUGUGUUUUUUUUUUUUUGUGAACUUUGUGUUUGUGUUUGGAUACUGUGGGAUGUACAGUCCAGUGGGUCUCCAGCAGCUUCCUCUCCAUGACGUGUGUUUGCACCCUCCUCUCCCCUCUGAGAAAAGAGAUGGAAUACAGAAGUACCCCUGGGACAGAUGUUUAACUGUGUCUGUGCGUGUGUGAAAGAGAAUGGAAGGACAAAUUGAAUAACAUAGGAACUGUGUUGUGAUAAAGUGAGUGAGCCGCAUCUUAUCCCAACUGCCAGUUAGUGAUUGUGUGUUUGUGAGCCUGAUUCUUCCUGGUCAAGUGUCUGUUUCCUCUCCUCCAUCCUAUUUUCUGUCACAGGUCCUUUCUCUCUCUUAGGCCCUUAGCCAUAGAAAAAGCCAAACACCUUAUUGCUCAGUUUUAUUGUCUGCUGCUCACACGCACACACACGCACAUUGUUAUUAUAUCAUAAAGACAUAAAAAUGACUUAUACAGUCAAUAUUUUCACCUUUACAUUUCAAGCAUUUACAGCCUGAAGGGCUAAUGCUUUUUUCCUUGUGUAAAUAAGUGAGAACACUACAGUAUUAUUGUGUGGCACCUUGUAACCACACAUGUAUCGAUAUGAUAAAAAUGUAUUGUUUGUAUAAUGAACAACGCUCUGAAGGGUUUUCAUGUGAC